GCUUCUACCUCUCUCUCUCUUUCUCUCAGCCGUCGCGACACUCUCUCUCUCUCUCUCUCUCUCUCUCUCUCUCUGAUGGCGGCGACUCAUCUUCACAUAUCCCCAAAUCCUAAAACCCCAACGCCGUCUCCCCAAAACCCUCCUCCUCCCUGGUUCUCUCCCGACACCGGAAUCUACACCAGCAAACACCCCUCCGUCCACCUCCCCGUCGACCCACAUCUCGACGCGGCCUCCGCCCUCUUCUCCCACAUACACACCAUCGACGAUCCUAAUUCCGCCGCCUUCGUCGAUUCCUUAACCGGAUUCUCGAUUUCUUACACCGAGCUCCAGACCAUGGUCGAAUCAAUUGCCGCCGCGAUUCAUCGCGACUUAGGCGUCCGACAAGGCGACGUCGUUUCGCUCGUCCUCCCUAACUCCCUCUACUUCCCGCUCCUUUUCCUCUCGCUGAUCUCCUUGGGGACCGUUGUCACAACCAUGAACCCUUCGAGUAGCUUGGGAGAGAUCAAGAAGCAAGUUAGCGAGUGUAACGUCGCGUUAGCGUUUACUUCUCGCGAAAGCGUCGCGAAGCUGGCUUCUUUAGGGGUUGUGGUGAUAAGGGUACCCGAAAGUUACGAUCUUGAUUCGGUUCGAGUCGAGAACCCGAAGUUUUACUCAAUCAUCAGAGGAGGUUUUGAUUUUGGGUCAGUAACAAAGCCUUUGGUUAAGCAAGACGACGUAGCUGCGAUUAUGUAUUCAUCUGGGACAACGGGAGCUAGUAAAGGAGUUAUGUUAACUCAUAGGAAUCUCAUUGCAUCGAUGGAGCUUUUUGUUAGAUUCGAAGCUUCUCAGUACGAGUAUCCAGGCUCGAGCAAUGUUUAUCUAGCGGCGUUACCUUUGUGUCAUAUCUAUGGUUUAUCACUCUUUGUGAUGGGGCUGUUGUCUGUUGGAUCGACCAUUGUUGUUAUGAGGAGGUUUGAUGUUUCUGAUGUUGUUGAUGUGAUCGAGAGGUUUAAGAUCACGCAUUUCCCUGUUGUCCCUCCGAUGUUGAUGGCGUUGACGAAGAAGGCGAAAGGAGUUUGCGGGGAAGCGUUUAGAAGCUUGAAGCAGGUUUCUUCUGGAGCAGCUCCUUUGAGCAGGAAGUUCAUUGAGGAUUUCGUUGGGACUCUUCCUCAUGUUGAUUUGAUUCAGGGAUAUGGAAUGACUGAAUCAACAGCAGUUGGCACACGAGGGUUCAACACGCAAAAGCUUAGGAAGUAUUCUUCGGUGGGACUACUUGCUCCUAAUAUGCAGGCUAGGGUAGUAGAUUGGAGCUCUGGCUCUUUCCUUCCACCAGGUAACCGAGGAGAGCUCUGGAUACAAGGUCCCGGUGUCAUGAAAGGAUACUUGAAUAACCCAGAAGCAACUGAGAUGACAAUUGUUGAAAAAAGUUGGCUACGGACUGGGGAUAUUGCUUAUUUUGAUGAAGAUGGUUACCUGUUUAUCGUUGACCGUAUGAAGGAGAUUAUUAAGUACAAAGGUUUUCAGAUAGCACCAGCAGAUUUGGAGGCUGUUCUUGUUUCACAUCCUUUGAUUAUAGAUGCUGCAGUAACAGCUGCCCCAAAUGAAGAGUGCGGAGAGAUUCCGGUAGCAUUCGUUGUGCGGAGACAAGAAACAACACUUUCAGAACAAGAUGUAAUAAACUAUGUAGCUGCUCAGGUUAGGGUUGCGCCGUACAGGAAGGUGAGGAAAGUGGUGAUGGUUAGCUCAAUACCAAAGUCUCCAACAGGGAAGAUAUUGAGAAAGGAACUAAAGAGAAUAUUGACAAACUGUGUUUCUUCAAGACUAUGAUUCUUUCAUAAUCUAAAAGUUUCAUCUUUUUGGGCAACACACAGAAAGAUCCACUUGUGUAGCCAUUCAAUUCGAUUCUUUAUUGGUUUUGUAACAUUCAAAAGAGACCAAGCAUAAAGAUGUGUGUUUGUAGUAUCUGAUUCUUCAUGAAUAAGAUUCAGCAGUA